AUGAGGUUGCUCUCCGUCCUGUCAGCCGUGUCCGUAACGGCAGGCCUAGGAUACGCCGAGACCUUGAAGCCUCAGACACUUCUUCAGGAUAUCGUCACCUUCGAUAACUCGUCACUCUUCAUCAAUGGCGAGCGGCUCAUGAUCUUUAGCGGCGAGGUCCAUCCCUUCCGUUUGCCUGUUCCAUCGCUAUGGCUGGACAUCUUCCAGAAGGUCAAGGCUCUCGGUCUCAAUACUCCUGUUAACAAGGCUGCAGAUGCCGAGGCGUCCGGCGGCGGCUUCCCAGGUUGGCUCCAGAGAAUCAAGGGACACCUAAGGACCGCAGACCCAGAAUUCCUGAGUGCUACCGAUAACUAUAUCGCCAACAUCGACAAGCUCAUAGCCAAGUACCAGAUUACCAACGGUGGCCCCAUUAUCCUCUACCAGCCCGAGAACGAGUAUACCGGUGCAGCUGCAGGAAUCAAAUUCCCUGACCCUGAUUACAUGCAAUAUGUGAUUGACCAGGCACGAGAUGCUGGUAUCGUGCUCCCUAUGAUGAGUAACGAUGCUUCAUGGAAGGGUGGUCACAACCUUCCUUGCUCAGGAAAAGGAGAGGUUGAUAUUUACGGGCACGAUGGGUAUCCAUUGGGUUUCGACUGCAAGAAUCCCACAACAUGGCCUCUGGGUGGUUUGAUAACGCAGUACCGUACCCAGCACCUGAAUUUUAGUGCUUCUACUCCGUACACUGUACCGGAGUUUCAGGGAGGCAGUUUUGAUCCAUGGGGCGGAUAUGGCUUUGACCAGUGCGGGCAACUCAUUAAUCAUGAGCAAGUCCGUGUCUUUUACAAGAACAUGUUUGCUUCUGGCGUCACCAUCUUUAACCUUUAUAUGAUCUUCGGAGGCACCAACUGGGGUAACUUGGGACAUCCGGGCGGCUACACCUCAUACGACUAUGCUGCUGCCAUAGCCGAGGACCGUACCGUUUCUCGCGAGAAGUAUUCGGAGUUGAAAUUGGAAGCCAGCUUCCUCAAGGUUUCACCUGGAUAUCUCACAGCUACACCCGACAUCAGCAACAAGACGGGCGUGUAUAGCCCUAACAUAGACAUUACUGUGACUUCCCUCGUCAACUAUACACCCAAGGGAGGCUCGUUCUACGUUGUUCGACACACUGAUUACCAGACACUUGCUUCAACCCCAUACACACUCUCGCUGCCGACCUCAGCUGGGAACCUGAGCAUUCCCAUCCUUGGUAGUUCCCUCACACUAGGCAGGCGAGACAGCAAAGUUCACGUAACGGAUUAUCCCGUCGGCGACCACAAGUUGAUCUACUCGACAGCUGAGAUCUUCACUUGGCAGAAGUUCAGCGAUAGAACGGUAUUGGUCGUGUAUGGUGGUGAAGGCGAAACCCAUGAGCUGGCAAUUGCCGACGUAUUCAAGUGGAAGUCGACAGGUCCACCAGUACAGGUGAAGACGGUCAAGAAGGAUGCGAGGAAAUCGUUCACCGCCGUGCAGUGGAAGACGAACUCAGAGAGGAGGAUCUUCAAGGCAGGAAAUCUGCACAUCUACCUUCUUGAUCGUAACUCUGCCUACAACUACUGGGCACCCCAAAUCGCAGAUACAUCAUCCUCCUUGAUUGUUAAUGGUGGAUAUCUCAUCAGAUCCGCUUCCAUCAAUGGCGCUUCUCUGUCACUUCAAGCCGAUUUCAACACCACAACCACACUCGAACUCAUUGGUGUGCCUCGUGGUGUUUCCAAGCUACAAAUCAACGGCGAGACUACCAAAUAUCGAAUAGACUCCGAAGGCAACUACAUCGUCAAGAUCAGCUACAAGGUCCCAACCCUUUUCCUCCCCGACCUUUCCAAGGCCAAAUGGUCCUACAUCGACUCCCUACCCGAGAUCCAACCCGACUACGAUGACUCAGCCUGGCCCUCUGCCAACUUGAAAUCCACCAAUAACACCUACGUCGGGCCCCUCAAGACCCCGGCCUCCCUCUACGCCUCCGACUACGGCUUCCACACAGGUGCCUUGCUCUUCCGUGGUCACUUCACCGCCACCGGUGCCGAAACAAAGCUUUACAUCUCCACUAUCGGCGGCAGCGCCUUCGGCUCCUCGGUCUGGCUCAACAACUCCUUCGUAGGCAGCUGGCGCGGAAGCGGCGCGGCCUCGGUGCACAACGACACUUACAACCUCCCGUCUCCACUCGUUGCAGGCGAGAAUUACGUUUUCACCAUGCUGGUCGACAACAUGGGUCUGGACGAGGAUUGGACAGUCGGCGACGACACCAUGAAGCGUCCGCGGGGCAUCCUGGACUACUCCCUCUUCACCUCCACCAACAUUUCAGUCCCCAAAUCCGACAUCACCUGGAAACUCACCGGCAACCUAGGCGGCGAACAAUACCGCGAUAAAGCCCGCGGUCCUCUAAACGAAGGCGGUCUCUACGUCGAGAGACAAGGUUACCACCUGCCUUCACCUCCCGCCUCCGCUUCUUCGUCCAGCUCUAUCCCAUUCACAGGCAUCUCCCAACCAGGCGUAGCCUUCUACACCACCUCAUUCCCCCUUUCCCUCCCCUCCUCUGAGUAUGACAUCCCACUGAGCUUCGUCCUCGACAACCCUACCUCAUUCGAGUCAGGAACAGAAUACAGAGCCUGGCUGUACGUCAACGGUUUCCAAUACGGCCGGUACGUAAGUCAUAUUGGUCCGCAGACCAGUUUCCCUGUGCCUGAGGGGAUAUUGAAUUAUAAUGGUGAGAAUUGGGUGGGAGUGGUGGUUUGGGCUACGGGGAAGAAGGGGGCGAAGGUGCCGGGGUUGAAGUUGGAGGCCGGGACGCCGGUUAGGACGGGGAGGAAAGAGGUGGAGGUUGUGGAUGGGGGUGGUUGGGAAAGAAGGACCGGCGCUUAUUGA